GUUUACUUCCGAGCGGGACAACGAAGGCGGGAACAAGUAUGAUGUCAUGAUACCUGUUUAGCUCUGUGGAACAUGGUAGAGUGAAGCGGGUCAGCACGCCCAGGUGAGCCAAGAAGUAAGGGAUAUUGAAUUAGUAAGAAAAUGGAUGACACACAAGCACUAGAGUGUACACAAGCUUUACCUGCUGACUGGGAUGAGGAUGAUGACAAUAAUUCAGGAGAAAAACGUAUUGUUGCAUGGCUGGAAAUUGAAGGUGUCCGCCAUGAUAUUUUUGAGGGUGAGACCAAAAUUGGCAGAGAUCAAGCAACAUGUGGAAUUGUACUGCAGAACAAAGUGCUGUCCAAGGAGCAUGCACUUUUUGACAUUGAGGGUGAAACCCACACACUGGCAGAUCUUGGUAGUAUGAACAAAACAAGAAUUGGCAAGAUGGUGUUGAAGCCAAAAGUGAGGUAUGCAUUACAUGGAGAUGAACUGAUACGGUUUGGGGAUAUUCGUGCCAAAUAUAUUAUAAAUGAAAAGAUUGUCUUGGACGACAGUGGAUCAGAAACAGGUUCUGAAAGUAUGCUUCUCAUAGACAAUACACAGGAAGCUCCCAAUUCACCUGUCCUUAGUCAUCAGCUGCCAGGUUUAGAUAUUACCAAUAAUAACUCUUCAUGCAGUACACCAAAGGUUUCACAAAUUGUCCCGCAGGAUAUAUCUGAUUUCAUCCCAGAAACACCUACUGUUGAACAGCCAAGAGGAAGUAGUAGCAUGAAGACAUUUAUCCCAGAAUCGCCGUCUGCUUCCCAGAGUACACCCUUACCACAUAAAAGCAAAGCCUUUUCUGUGGCUGAGUCUCCUUGCAAUAUUUCUGUGAUUCAGAAUAUGAGUGCUGGUGUUGGGGAUGAGGACAGUUUCUUCUUUGAUCCCUCCCAGCCUGUCAAGCAUAAAAUAGACAAAAGGUCUGAAAAAGAUGAAAUUGCAACUUCAGAUGAUGUAAGGUCAAGAGUUAAUGAUGAUAAUUCUAUUAGAGAUGAAGAUGAUGACAGUCCCACCCAAAUAUUUGACAGUCCCAAGGAUGUUAAAGAGAAGAAUGAUACCGGCAAAGAGCUGGAAUCAAAAACACCUGAAAUGAAUUCUGAAGGGGACAGAAAUCUCCAUGCAAAUGACAACAGUGGUGCAAAUAUUGACAAUAAAGAAGAUAUAUUUAACCAGCCCACUCAGGCUUUUACUCAUAUAGACAAGUCUCCAAACAAAAUAUUAGAAAAAAAAAAAGUUACAAUAUCAUCCUUUGUUGAUAGUAAAGACAACGAUGAUGAAAAUACUGAUAGUGAGGAAGAUAUUUUUAACCAGCCCACUCAGGCUUUUUCCAAUUUAAAUCCUUCUCCAAAGAAGUUGUUAAAACAAAAAGUCAGUGAAUUAUCAUCAUCUGUUCAGGGAGAUCCUGAUAAUACUCAGGACAUAAUGGAAGCCUUUGAAAUGGUUCCAGUGAAAUCUAAUUCAGAAAAUUCAGCUCAAAAUGAAGAUUCUGAUGAUGAAUCGUUGAUUGCAACCCAGCCAUUUGUAGUGAAAGGUAGCCCAGCAAAGGCCAAACAUCAAGAUGAUGAUGAUUAUGUUUCCACCCAACUUUUCCUUGAUGAUGACGAUGAGAUAGUAUUCAAAAAGCCUUUUACAGUUGCUCCUAAGUUUAGAAAAAGUAAUCCUAGUGUUGCAAUUUCAAAUGAUGACAUUCAAGAUGAAUUAUUCAAUGACGACAACCAGGAUGUGCUCGAUACUCCAACCCAGGCUUUUGUUGCUGAUGAUAAAGAUGAUUUAGAAGCACCAACCCAAGCUUUUGCUGGUGAUGAUAAAGAUGCUUUAGAAGAUCCAACCCAAACUUUAGUUUUUGAUGAUAAAGUUGCUUCAGAAGUUCCAACUCAAGCUUUUUAUAAUGAUCCAGUCCCUUCAGAAGCUCCAACUCAAGCCUAUGAUGAUGACCUUCCUCCAACCCAAAAAUUUGACCCAAAGCAAGAAGCUGUAAGUAAAGAAAAGGAGCCAGAAGCCAAAUUAGAGGGAGAUGAUGACUAUGACAGUGAUGUAGAUGACUACUUUAAUCAGCCAACUCAGCCAUUUUUAGCUGAAAAUACUGAUAGAUCACUCUUGGAAAGACCAACACAGUGUUUUCGUGAGACUUCUCCCAAAAAUAUAACAAAGGAUGAUAAUGAUGAAAUAGAUGACUUUUUUAAUGAACCAACUCAAGCUUUUGCUGAAGCCAAGCAUAGUGCAGACAUUGAUUUUGAUGCACCGACUCAGCUGUUUGGCAAAAGAUCUGAAGAUGUAGGAGCUCGAAGUGAAGAUGAAAGUUUACCACCUACACAUAGUGCAGACAUUGAUUCUGAUGCACCGACUCAGCUGUUUGGCAAAAAAUCUGAAGAAGUAGGAGCACUAAGUGAAGAUGAAAGUUUACCACCUACACAGAUAUUUACUGCACCAUCUCCAAAUGUGUUGACACCAAAGAGAGAUGAACAGGUUGAUGAUUCCUUAAUGCCCACCCAGCCAUUACCAAAAGACAGUACAAAUACACCUAAAACCUCUGAAAAUACAUCAGCUCACAGUGAACCAUAUGAUAUAGAUGCACCAACCCAAAUUUUUCAGGAGCCACUUGUAGCUCAGGAUACUAAUGAACCACCCCAGGUAUUUCAUGAUGAAGAUCUUGCUAAAAGUGCUGAGAACAUUGCUCCAACUCAGGUCUUUGAAAGUGAUGCGAAUGCCACAGAUGGAGAUUGCAGAGCAUCCACACAGUUGUUCAUACCUGAAGAUAAAACAUCCCUUGUUAAUAGACCACAAAGAGGCAUAAGUGAAAUAUGGGAUAAAUUGGAUGCAGAUGCAACUCAAGACAUUAGUUUAAAUGUAGAUGUUAAUAUUGAUGAAACACGUUUGGCUAAUGAGUCCAAUUUACAAGUAUUGUCAGAAAGAAAAGAAUUAGUAAACAAAGAAGAUUAUAAGGGAUCUGACAUGAAUUAUGAUGAUGAUAACUCCUCCACAGUGUCAGAAAAUUUGUUAGAACAAACACCACAGCCACAUUACCAAGAUUGUCAACUUAUGGAAGUUGGUCAAGAGACCAAAGAUGAGAACUACUAUUCAGACGAAAGCACCGAUAUGGAAGAUGAAAUCUUAGCUCCCAAGGACACUGUGAAAGUUCAAGAAGUGAAAAAUAAUGCAAGUAUUUUACAAACAAGUAAUAUGUCUCGCUUAGAACUGAGUUCUGAUUCAGAUAUCAUUCCUGAGGUUAAAGAUACUGUCACUCAGCCACCUAAAAAUGAAACAUCUCAUCAAGAGUUAGAGGGGCAGAAAGACAAGCCAUUGGAUGGGGAAAAGAAGCAGAUUUAUGGAGAUAAUGGAUCUCAACAAUGCAAAGCUCAGAAAGAAGGGGCCAGUGGAAAACCAGGAAUACAUUUCACAAGGGUUUCCAAGGUGGUUGCUUCUGAUCCAGUAGUUCUAAAGUCAGUAGGGAAGGCAGCUAAUUACAGCCAGUCUACUCAAGAUUCUACCUGUGUAGAGGACAUCAAAAUUUACUCUUCAGAUAGUGAUGACAGUGAUAGUAUGGAUAGUAAAAACUGCAAAUCAGUGUCAGAAAAAGUAAAAGAAGUUGCAGAAAUUUUGAGUGACAGUGAAACUGAUGAUGAUGUAGGUAAUGUUUCACAAAGGUUAUUUGAGUUUUCUCAGGAAAAUGAAGUUGAUAAAGGAAUAGGAAAACAGACUAGUAAUAAAGAUAAAUUUGAGGAGGAAUACCAUCAUAACACAAAAGGAAGAGACAAAACAGAGAAACAAGACAAACAGAUUCAUGCAUUGCAAUGUCGAAAGGCUGAAAAAAGAACUGUAGAAAACAUGACCAAAGAUAACAAACAAAACAUCCAAAAGGAAGAUAAAAAGGAAACUCUAAUAAAGAGCAAAAUAAACACAAGAAAAUCCUUAAUGAAACAGAUCCAAAGUCCCAUUGACUCGCACAGUAAAAAUUAUAUGAGGAAUAUGAUCAACAAGAAGGAAAUUUUUGAAAAGUCAGAUAAAUGUAGAGAGGUUGGUGCAGAAGAGACAAAAUGUAAUAGAACAACAAGGGGAAGAAGACGGGAUAAGAGACAGAGCUUAGAUUUAGACUCUAAUACAGAGCAGAAGACAAAGAGUGGAAGAAUAAGUAGAGAACCCAGAAGAUUUUAUCCAGAUAUAGAUUCAGAGGUUGCUGAUACAUCAUCUGCUUCUGUUGUAUCAAAAGGAAAAACAGUGAACAUCUCCAAAAACAUGGAAGAACAUGUAGGUGUUCUUCUGUCAAAGAGAACACAAUCAAUAACACCAUCCCCUUUAAAAAAAGAUUAUAAAAAUGAAGAGGAGACAACAAUCUCUUCCUCAGCAAAACUAGGGAACAGUCCAGAGACAGAUCCAAACAGAGUGGACUCUCUAAAAAAGGGACUUCAGCGAUCAGUCCCACAGACAAAGGAAGUUCAGUGUGAGACAGUAGGUGAGCAAGUAAAAAAAGAUCCAGGAGAAAGAGAACAAAGAUCAACAUCUAAAACUGUAAAGGAACAAAAAAUAGAAGAGCAAAUUCAGCAAAGCAGUUUAGAAACUGUAGGCCAUGAAAAAAAAAUGGAAGUACAAAGAAAGACAAAUAGGGCCAGUAUUACACUAAAAAAGAAUUUGGUUACAGUAUCUGAGGAACAAAGUUUGGAGCCUGUCAGAAGAGGCCGCAGAUCUGCAAUCAAUAACCCAAAGGAAGGUAAAACAGAAAAAGCAAGUGAAUCAAACAGGGAAACAAGAGUUACUGUUGCUGACAUUGUACAUAAGGAAGAGAAUGUGCAUACUCAGAGUAGACAAUGCAGAUCAGUAUAUGGUAGACCAAAAGAGAAUAGGAACAUAAGCACUAAUCAGAUAACUAAACCGGAGACAGAAGAAAAAAAAAUAAUUCGAAAACAAGAAGACAGUGUUGAACCAUGUCGAAGGGGACGUAAGUCAGCAAUUACCAAGUCAGAGGAAGUCAUGAUUGAGGAGGCAGAUGAAAAUGUUAAGCAGAAAUCAAUAGGAACUAGUGUAAAAAACAACCCAGAGGAAUUGACCAAAAGAGCAAAUCAGAAAAUGCUGCAGAAGAGUGUAGAAGACAGCAUAGAAGAGCCAUUUAAGCAAAAAGUGAAAAUACAGCCAUCAAGAAGAGGACGUAGAUCAGCAGUUCCUAAGUCAAAGGACGGUAAUACUGAAAAUAUAUCUGUAACUGACAAUAAAGGUAUAGAAAUUGAAAAUGAACCCUCUAGACAAGGUCGUAGAUCAGCAAUUCAAAAGUCAGUUGAGAGUGGAAUUUUGAAUCAGGUAAGGGAAACAGAAGAUAAUGAUACAGGAAAUGGAAGUAAAGAAAAAACAGCUGGUCGACAGAAAAGAGCACGCAGAUGGGUUGUUAGUGAGACAAAGGAAAUGGAUGAAUCAACAGAUUCUGAAAAAACAUCCAGCUUGAAAUUGACAAUUAAAUCAAUGCAGAAAGAAUCUGAAACGACAAGUCGUCCUCAGCGUAGAGGAAGAGCAAGUAUUGCUACAUCACAUCCUACCGUAAAGGAGGUUCCUAGGUCUACCAGGCAAGUGCGAUUGAGUAUGAUACCUGAGAGGCUGGAUGAUGAGAAUGGUGGACCAAGUAAAUCAAAGAAACUAAAAAAGUCACAAGGUAAGGAAUUAGGAGGAUGUAGUUUUGUUGAAGAAAAGCUUUCAGAGAUGAAAGUUAUAGAUAAAGGAAAGCAAAAACAGAAAAAUUCAGCUGAAGAAAGUUCAGAUAGUGAGUCAAGUUCAAAGAGGUCUUCAAGCCAAGAGAGUCAAAGAUCACAGGGCAGGAAAAGGGCAAGAAGAAAUAGUAAUUCUUCAGAGGAUUUACACUCGACGCCUAAGUCGGCAAGAACAAGAACCAAAGUGGACUCGCCAUAUAGCAAGGGUAUCCUGUGGUCACCAUCACAAAGGCAGCAACAGGCUGAUAUACGACCCAAAGUCCUUUUUACUGGUUACAAGGACCAACAGGAUGAGAAGAUUGUUACAGAUUUAGGGGGAAUGGUUGUGGAAUCUCCAAAAGAGUGUUCAGUGCUUGUUACAAUGAAUAUCCGAAGAACUUGUAAGCUUCUGGCAGUCAUUGGUAAAGGCAUGCCCAUUGUCACACCACAAUGGCUGUCGGCAUCAAAAUUAGCAAGAAACUUUGUUGAUCCUUGGAAAUAUAUAGUAAAGGAUACAGAAUCAGAGAAAAAGUUUGCUUUUCAACUUCAUCAAAGUCUUCAGUCUGCUAGGAAAAGCCUUCUUUUUGAAGGAUUAUCCUUUCACGCCACAAGAUCAGUUAAGCCACCACCAGACCAAAUGAAAGAAAUAAUUGUAUGCUCCGGUGGAAUAUACAUGGAUGUUCUGCCAAAGAGGUAUUCGCCAGAAAUAAGAAUAAUUUCAUGCGCAGAAGAUAAAAAUCAGUGGGGUGCAUUCAAGAAACUACAGAUUCCAGUUUUAGGUACUGAAUUCAUUUUAACAGGAUUACUACGACAUCAACUGCUGUUGGAUGACUUUAUAUUAGCCUAAAUAGGGAACAAUGUAUUUGUACAUUUAUGUUUUAUACAUUCCUAUAUAUAUUGUAAAGAUAGUGAAUAUCUUAAUGAGAAUGUAAAUUUUAGUGUGAUGAACAGUGCAUUUACUCUUUAAAUUUAAGUACAAUGUUAUUCCUGCAUCUUAAAUGUGAAAAACUUAGAGAAAUCAAUAGACAUAAGUGAAAUUUCAUAUGUGAAUUAGCAUAUUUGUAUAAAUCCUAAUUAUCAAUAAUAUUAUUGACAGUACUUGUUACUAUUUGCAUUAGUUUUUUAUAUGAUAUUGUUGAUAAUGGUGUAAUGAGCACAUUUAUUUGGGUAUUGCAUUUCUUCAUAAAGCUAAUUGCAAUAAUAACUAUAAUUAGUCAGAAAUUGGAUGUUUUAUAGAUUUUUUAGACUGUAUGCAAAAAAUGAACCUUAGAUCAAACGGCUUAGUUAAUUUUUCAUAAAAUAAAAUCUCUUAGAAACAUUUUUUGUCAAUUAAGAAUGAAAGAUUUGUUUGAUAAAAAAAAAAAAAAAAAAAGGCAUGAAUUUAUGCACAGUUUAUUUUUUGGAGAUAAAAAUAUAUGGUCAUAUUUGUUCAGAUAUAUUUUAUUUUAUAAAGCUUAUUAAUGUAUGAAUAAAAUUAAUGAUUAUCA